AUGGUUUGUCGGCUGUAUUCUGGCCCGUCACUCGUGGCGAAGCGUAGUACCGGACAUCAAGAGUCAAGAAAAGUAGAUACACUUGACGAUGACAAGGCCGAGUCCGAGUCCAAUGCAUUCUCGUGUAGGUAG